AUGCGGAUUGGAGUACAGCUGUUGAAGCGCAUGCCAAUGGACUUCGAGCCAAGUGAAACCAUCGCAAGAGUGAAAUCCAAGCUGGAGUCCAUCUUUUUAGACCAGCUGAAGAAACAAGGCGAGGAGGACGUCGAUGAGGUGGAUGUGACGCUGGUCUUCGAAGGCGAAGUCUUAGAGGAGGAGCAGACCUUGGCCUCGGCCGGGCUGGUGGAGAACUCCACCCUCGUGGUGCUCUCGCGCACGCUGGCGGAGGUGCAUGGGAAGCACAGCGGGGUCUUUUCUGUGAGGAAGGCCUUCGAAGAGCUGGCGCAGAGUGGGCACACUGGGCCCGAAGCAGAGAUCCAGGCCCUGAAAACUGCUCCGCCCUUUAGCAUCUUCUGCAACCUCCAGGAGUUGGGAGAGCUGGGUGCCGGUUGGGUUCUAUUCUUCCACUUCGUGCGCUUUCUGGGCAUUUUGUGCUUGUUCCUCUUCUGUUUGCAGUUGCCCAGCUUUUUGGUCUUUCGAUCCUUUCCAGAAGAGGCCCUGGAGAGCUGGAGGAACUUCACACAUACCAAGAGGGAUCGGCCCAUUCGUUGGGACUACAUCACUGCCGGCAACACGGGGCCCCAGGGCGCCGACUCCUCGUGGCCCUGGCUGUGUGCUCUGGUCAGCGCAUUAACCAUGCUGGUGAUCUUGCCCCAAUAUGCAAGGUGGCAACAUCGGCUCCGCGAGACCCUGGACCGACGACAGGUCGAUCCCGACGACUUCGCGCUGUUCCUCGACGGCCUCCCCUCAGAUGCCAGGGACGAGGACGAGAUCAAGGCCUUCGUGGAGCAACAUGGGCGUGCUGGAGAGCACACAGAGGUCGUGAUGGUGGUCAUCGCCUAUGACAUGGAGGUCUUUCAGACAAUGCUGAGUGAUAUCAAAGAAGCCAAAGAGGAGCUGGCAGCUUGUGGCUCUUCCGCCCCGGAGCGAGGCGCCUUGCUCGAGCGGCUCAAGGAACUGCGCAGACCCUUUAGGUCCUCCGAGGCCCUCCGGUCAGUGCUGCCCUGCACAGGACAAGCCGUGGUCAUCUUGAGAUCUCAAGAAGAUCAUCGAGAGGUCUUGGAGCAAUGGGACAACACCUUUGAGUGGCUCAUGAACCUCACCCAGUGCCUGAAGAUCAAUAGUCGCACUACACGGUUUCGCAAGAGGCACGUGGUGCGGAUCACACGCGCAGCGAACCCUCGGACAUCUUGUGGGAGAAUUUGA